AUGGCUUUCCGCGCUCCCCUCCGCCGCAUCGCCCUCGCGCGCCCCGCCGCCCGCGCCUUCCACUCGACCCCCCGAGCCCUGAUCCGCGCCGGCGACGAGAUCCCCGAGACGGACGGCCUGUUUGAGAACUCGGCCGCCAGCAAGGUCAGCCUGGCCGACGAGUUCAAGUCGGGCGACGGCUACAUUGUCGGCGUGCCCGGCGCCUUUACGGGCACCUGCUCCAGCAAGCACAUCCCGUCGUACAUCAACAGCCCCAAGCUCAAGGACGCCGGCAAGGUCUUUGUGCUGUCCGUCAACGACCCUUUUGUUAUGAAGGCUUGGGCUGACCAGCUUGACCCUGCUGGCCAGACUCCCAUUCGAUGGAUUGCCGACCCUACCGCCGCCUUCACCAAGGCUCUCGACAUGGGCUUUGACGGCGCCGCCGCCGUUCUUGGCGGCACUCGCAGCCAGCGCUUCGCUCUUAAAAUUGAGAAUGGCAAGGUGACCAAGGUGCACCUGGAGGCUGAUGCUACUGCUGCGGAUGUCACCAUGGCUGAGAAGGUGCUUCAAUAA